UCAGUUUUCUCCGGACCGCGUCCGUGCUCGAAGUCUAAGCAGGCGGUGGUUCGUGUUUCCUUUACAAGCGAUUAUACUUAGGUCGCGCCGUGUGCCAACAAGUGUUGUUUUGGGAGAAAUUGUACGAAACAGGUGUGUGUGUGUGUUUGUUUGUGAAUACUAGAAGUGUUAAGAUGCUGCCGGUGGAUGCUGGCAGUGCUCUGUAGAUGAUUGAAUGUUUAGUGCUUAUUUUGUUCGAUUCUCGAUCGAUUAGAGUGACGAUUGUUUGCGGUUUGUUGACAGAGGGAGUGAUGUGCCACACACGUGUGUCGGGGGUUGAGUGGAAGGAAAAGUACUAGUGCCACCCCUAGCAGUAUGUUCGACCGAACGAAAGCACUGACCGGAAUUGAAUUGUUUGUUUAGCUGCGACGUUCUCGUGCUUUUGAUCGAUUUUCGAUACUGUCCUGUUCGGGGUUGCGUUUGCGUGUACGUUAGUGAGUGAGCAAAAACAUGAAUGUACACGGGAAGCAACAGACCAGUUAGUACAUCGCACCAGGGUUUACGUCAAAGAACGAUUAUCCGUUGGAGAAAGAGUGGACACGACCCACGUGCAACCCUUGCUGUUUGUUUAAUAUUUCUGGUAUAAUGACUAAACUGUACGAAAUGAUGAUCACGAAAAGGGGUACCGAUUGUGCAGAAACAUGUGCGUCAUUAGGAGAAAGAAUUAUGAUGAAAUCUUGCUCGUCCACGCGUGUUCCGCGAACAAAGAUGAGAUCGAGCAUUACACGAUCGCCGCGACAGCAGAAUGGCAAAUUGCGCCCCAGCAUUAUUUGUAUGCACUUCCGUGCUGCAAUAAAACCCUUCGAACGUGCUGAACACUAAAGCACAGGGGGGCGGAUAGCCGCAAGGGUUGUACGGUUUCGGUUCUGUUUACAUUUCCUACACGACGCCAUGGUGCGAUAAGACGGCAAUGGUGAGCGUGCAACAGAAACACGAUAACGGCUACGAUCAAUCCGUACUAGCUGCAAUGAGGGAGAAGCGAUGAACGAAUCGAAGUUGUUGCCGUAGUUAUUCAACUUGUCUCAAAAAAGCUGAGGUUUUGAAAUAGUGAAUUGAAUUUAAAAGCUUUGCAGUACUCACAUAACGUCAUGAGACGGCAAAAAAGAAACUAGAACGCCAGAGACACCAACAGCCAAACAUUAAAUCUUUUCCGGGGUUGAUUAAACUUUGACUCAUAAUGUUUCUGCAAUUACUACAACCACUACUAAGGCACCACUCGAUGGACGCUAUCCAAAUCCAAACCAAUUCAUUAAAGUUUACCCUGUCCAGACAGACGGAGUCUCUGUGAGGUUCGUGAAGGUUGAGGGGUUUAGCGAUUUUCAGAAGUUCAUGUUUAAAAGUCGCUCACUACCUUCGUCCGAGUGAGACACACCAAUAUGCGCUUCGAGACACAACUGAGCAGCAGUUGGUUGCAUGGUAGAAGUCGGUAACGAUGUCGGUCUAUGCCAUGGCAAACGGGUUCGCUUUGGGUGUGGAAAUAAGCCGCCAUUGAGGAUGGGGCGAGAGUACCCUCCACUGCACACGUGAAGGAGAACAUAAACAUUCAGCCAAUGUUGCACUGAUGCACCGAUGCAGUUUGCAAAACCCACAGCGGGUACGGUGUACACAGUAUAACAGGAAAAACAGUCCAUCAUUUCUUUCGCUCUUCGACGCGAUGAGUUAUUUGAUGUGUCGACCAACUUCUCCUAGUGGGUGUUUUAUUAUGAUGUAUUCUUGCAUCCACCAGAACUGAUGCACUUUUUGAGCUGUUUACCGCCAAAGAUAGGCCUCUAUUCUGAUAGUGUGUCUAUGAACUACUCGUACCCCGGUCUUCCAAGAGCUUAUCAUUCCAUUGACCAUGACACUGAAUAGGUUUGUUGUUUGUGUGGAUGAAACGUGUCGUAUUUCACUCUUUUUGCAUUAGUGGUGCCUGUUCUUUAGCGGUUGUUUGUGAAGAAUAUAGAGAGGCGAAAUAGAAACCACGCCAAGUUGUUUCAUCAACAUGACAGGUGUUUGUUGCGAAACGAAGGAUCACAUGAAGUGAGCUUCAAAGAAUGUAUCCCAACACGAGGAAUUAAGGCGCAAUCGUUUCCAUCUUCCAUCGAGGUGUAAUUAAAUCGUUCUAGACUGCCUUCCGGCUCUGAUGAAGACUGAUGAGAAUUGAAGCACAAAAACAAGAAGAGGGGGGAUAAAAAAAGACAUCACAGGCAUGCAAAAGGCAGUUCCCGCGCGAAGGCUGAUGAACAUUAUUUUUAAUGCCCAUCGGGAAUUAACGUCUCUAACGCGUCCAAAAAGAUGCCUUUAUGACCUCGGUGCGUUCGACUAAGUAAUAUUCUAACGUACACCGUGCCCGUGCUGAGGCGUAUGUUGUAGGCUAUCCUUGAGUUUACAUUCAAAGGUCGCUGAAUUGGAAGUCAUAGCAAUCUCCUUCCAACAGUGUCUUACUCAUGCGCGAUUGCAGAGAAGCGUCACGCGGGCGUGGAUUUAAUAUUCCAUUCACGCAUUGCACCGACGUGCAUCCUCCAAAAGAUUGUGUGACGAAGAUUGCACUAUCCCUCUGGGGUCCCUGCUCGGAUGGGCGACGAAGUCGGUGGUUCUGAGCGGUAAUAAUUCAUCGCGUCAAUACGCCGCACUGAGGUUUAAUUUCCGUUUCUGUCAUUGGCGGCGCGAAUGGUUAAUUCGUGUAAGGAAGUAUCGACGCUGACGGACGUCUAACCUCUGGCAUGACAUGAGAAUGCAAACGUUCUACGAUCGCACGAUGGCAGUGUAUCGUUUUGUGUGCACCAGAAAUGGUCCCAAGAUAAAAUAGCGAAGAUUGAAGGGGAAAAAAUGAUCAAUUUAAUCCAGCAUCGAACGGUGGAAGAUUAAUGAGGGACUAGCUCACUAGACCGCUUUCGAAUGUUGUGAUGAUGAGCCAGAAAGUGCCACGUGGCGAACACUUAUCAACGUCAUUCGACUGGAAGCGAACGAUAGCUAUAGUGAGAAGUCGCACUGAUACUUAAAGGUGAACUUUACCUUUCAACCCUAGUGUGGCGUUCUCGAAUGCAAAUGUCAACAGGCUGACGAAGCUGUCUUGACAAGUUGGCGAAUGUCGGAAGGUAUUCGUAACGGCCGUUUGAUAGACGAAGGUUAGAUAUCGGUAUAUGCCCCAUUGGAGCUACACUUCACAUGUGCGGAAAGCAGACGAAGAUCAACCACUAGCAGUUGCUUUAUAGCUGUCAGUAAUGCGAUCAUCUAAUGGAACCGUGAUUAGGCCGGAACUGUUGGACGUGCUGUAGAUCAUGCGUUUAUUCACAGUUCACAAGACACACGCAUACAAACACACCCGGACGACCCAAUGCGGGGUUGUUGAUGCGACGACUGUUGUUGUCAGUUGCUUUGGUGGAGAAGAUAAGAACCGAACAGCCGUUUCCAGCCCGACGUCGUCUACGAAGUUUCUUUUCCUGGUUUCUUACUCUUUUCCUUGUGUUGAUGUCUUGAUGUGUUGAUCACUACAUCAUGGUUGAAAGUGAAUCAUUAUCAACAUGGUUGCACCAGUUCAUGCCGACUUUGACCGGACUGAAGGGAACUUCCCUCAAGGGUAGUGGGACAGUCGGAUGCGUGUGGCACAGUAAGAAAAUUUGGUUAAUAGGUUGCGCUUGACUAAUGCCACCAAUUGAAUCGUGUAAUUGUGUAAUAACUGGCACUGCUUCAUUAUGACGGACGCUUGUUCCAGGCUGCUUUCGUCUAGAUCUUGUCGGGGUUUGAAAUUUGCCAAUCAUUGGUGAAUGUUAGAAAUUUUGCACGAACGAAUCUGUUGCCGCAGGUUAUUAAAAGUGGAACAACAAACGGUGAAAGUAUGCGUUGGGCAACUUCAGUGCUCGUGAUUGAUUGUAACUGCACUGAAAUGGUCGACAUGAGUGACAUUUUAAGGUUAUGGAGAGAGAGGGUUGCCUGCUUCGGGUAUUCGACAGCAGAAUGUAGAGUAUGCAAAUCAACAGAUGGAUUCUCCAUCAUGAGGAGAUUUGCUAAACGUUGGAAAUCCUGUCUCUGGAAACACUUUAAACGGCUAUCAAUCGAUGGAUAAAACUAGCCUUUAACAGAUGGAAAACCCUUUUUUAUGGGUUGUAUGAUUCAUCUGAAGAAUUUGAUCCUAUCAAUAGCAUUAAAUUGAUCGGCAGUUUGAUCAUUACUGUCGUAAUUUCUAGCAAGAGUCUGUAAUUAGCUUGGCUUCGGUGACUCCUCCACCUGCUGUUGGGGAAGGUCGUUCGCGUGUCAGUGAUGAACUAUGAGUAAUAGAUCUGUCGCGAUGCAUAUUUUAACCUCCCGUUUCUCGAUCUCGCAGCUCAAUAUCAAACAUUUUACCGGCAUAAAUGAGGUAGCGAGCGCUUUACUUCCCCGUUAAAGAUGCCGAUAGCAAGGUCGAUCACUUAGCAAACAUUAUUAGCUGUGAUGAGUAUCAUUUUUUGUUGAUAUAGUUGAACAAAAAAAAAAGAUAACAUGCAGCAUUUACGAUCGGUGUUAGUUACUGUGGUUUAAAUUCCGCACUUCCUUGUUUGGUGUGGAUCAGUUAACAACAAAAAAAAAGUUUGACGGAACAACGGUGGAAUCUUAAUCAGCUCGUUUCGAUCAACGGGAGUAACAUACGCACGAUAGUAAAAUAGUAGAAUAAGCAUGUUUGUGUUCCGAGCAGUCCAUCCAUUGACGUACUGAGCAGCGAUCGAGAGUGAGAUUAGAGCGUUUUCCAGUAACCUACCACCAUGUGCAUGCGCCAUUUUAUCGACCACAAAUUAAAACCCCCAUACACUUGCCGGUGGGUCAAUUGUAUUCAAACGAGAUCGCAUGAGAUGCGAUAGAUGUGCGUUGAUCCGCACAUUCCAUGGGUGGGGAGAAAAUUUAAAAUUGUUUCAGAUUCAUUCUGGCAUGAGGAAAGCUUUUUGCUAGCGAAGUACCGCCGCACGUGCAGUCACAUUACAGCUGUCCGGUGCUGAUGUAGUGCACAGUGCCGUAGCGCUCUUUUCACCGUUCGUUCAAGGAUCUGCUCGAUAAGGAAUCUCGCUUUUGGAAGUUUUCAUCGUUUACAUGGUACGGAACCUUUAUUUCCUUGUGGUACAGAAAUGAUUGAAGUGUUGUUUUCUUUAUGUGUGAUAUUUGUUUGUAAAUAAUGUCGGUAAGAUUAGACUCGUGUGGAUGCACCGGAUUCGGGUACGUUGAAUGUGGGACACAUUGAUUGGAAGUAGGAGACGAACUUUGAAUGUAGCAGUUGUUUUAGACAAUUUAGUAUUCUGAGUUCUAGUUUAAAGCUCUAUGGUAUAACAACAACAACAAUCAUUUUGCUUUUUUACAGUAGUGAUAUUGUGUGGUGAACGUGAGUUAGAAUUAAACAGUGUCGAUGGAUGAGUAAGAUUUGCAUCGCACAUCAGCUUUUAUAGCAACAUCCGUUUCCAUUGCACAACGCAGUCUGAUUUGCGUUAAGGGAAACGAACGUCAAACUAUAACUAACUAAAUUUAGAUCUGUGAAGGUGAAGUGUUUGUGUGUUAAGUGAGAAUAGUUGUAUUGUAUUCCCAUGCAACUAAAAUGAACUCCCAAAAGAGUGAAAUGCGCACCGAAAGCAAUCGUCCUGCGGCCACCAACAACGUCAGCAAUCCGACCGCAGCGAUGGCAGCGACGGCACUGGCAAUUACGACCACAACGUCUAGUUUUAGCUGCUGUCCGGCCAAUGGUGAAAGUUCAUCGAUCGACGAUUCGAUCGAGCUGAACGACAGUCAGGAAGGUGGCAACAACAACACGAUGUACCACAACGGAUUGCUUGAGAAGCAGGACUAUCACUUCCCGAAGCGUCCACCGGUAGAUAUCGUUUUCCGUGAUAUUCGCUACGACGUGAAGCGCUUCAACAUUACCAAAGCCAAGUUCGAAUCGAAAGAAAUUCUUCACGGACUUAAUGGAUCGUUUAAAUCGGGUGAGCUGACAGCAAUUAUGGGCCCAUCGGGAGCUGGCAAAAGUACGCUGCUUAACAUCAUGGCAGGUUACGUGUCAGCGGGAGUAAGCGGUAUGGUACAGGUGAACGGAAAAAGCCGGUCCCACAACUCGGAAAGCUUCCGAAAGCUGUCCUGCUAUAUCCAGCAGCACGAUGCACUGCGGCCCUGGUUAACGGUGACGGAGGCAAUGACCUGUGCAACCCAUCUAAAGCUUGGCUUUGGCAUUGCGAUGGCCGAGAAGCGCAAGUUGAUUGAAAAAAUUCUCUUCAUGCUGGGAUUGGAGCAGAAAGGCAACACACCGACUAUGGGACUAUCCGGUGGGCAAAAGAAACGGCUAGCCAUUGCACUGGAGAUGAUUAGCAAUCCGCCUAUACUGUUUCUGGACGAGCCGACCACGGGGCUGGACAGUUCGUCCUGUGCGCAGUGUAUCUCACUGCUGAAGCGGCUGGCACAGGAUGGUAGAACGAUUGUCUGUACGAUCCACACGCCCAGCGCGCUGCUGUUUGAGAUGUUUGAUCAGCUAUAUACAGUGGUGCAGGGACACUGCUUUUACCAGGGACCGACAAAAGAGAUGCUACCGUUUCUCGGUGAUCUUGGCUAUCACUGUCCUAGCUAUCACAAUCCGGCCGAUUUUAUGAUGGAGAUUGCGGUCGGAGAGUAUGGUGCCGAUGUCGGAAAGGUGAUCAAGGCUGCGUUGAAGAAAUAUUACGAAAUCAGCAGUCGCUGCAUUGAGCUUGAUUCGACGUACGACGAUAAUGAAAAAAAUAUGGAAACCUUUUCGAUCGGUGGCAAAGGGGAAGAGAUGUGCAAGCUGCAGAAACAGAACGAAGCAAUGGAUAAUGCAUCGUACGAAGAGGAGGACAUCUUUUCGAAAACGAAACCCGCCUCGCUGGUGAUGCAGUUUCUGUUGCUCUUCUACCGGAACUUGCUGAUGACACGAAGGAAUUAUUUCCUUCUGUUCUGCAGAAUCUUUGCCCAUGCCACGGUAGCUACACUGUUCGGCUAUCUUUACAGUGGCGUUGGUCCCAACGCAAACCAGGUGUUGGCGAACUAUGUGUACCUUUACGGAUCUAUGCUGAUGAUGGUGUAUACCGGCAAGAUGGCGGUUGUGCUGUCCUUUCAAAUCGAGAUGGAAUCACUGACACGGGAGCACUUCAACCGUUGGUACAAGCUGGGUCCUUACUUCCUGUCCGUGCUGCUUCUUGAAAUACCGGUUCAGAUCUUUUGCUCGUUAAUCUACGUCGUGAUCAGCUACCAUCUAACGGGUAACUAUGUGAACUUCGAGCGGUUCUGCAUAUUCGCGCUGUUCUGCGUGGCCGGUUCGAUCUGUGCCCAGUCGUGGGGUUUCUUCGUUGGAGCAACACUCUCCGUGAAGCUUGCCGUUUUCAUCGGACCAAUUCUCGCCGUGCUGUUCUCCGUGUUUGGCUUCUGUACACGGUACGUCGACAUUACGCCACUUUUCAAGUGGAUGUGGCACAUCAGCUACUAUCGGGCAAGCUUCCACGGUAUACUCAACUCGGUGUACGGCAUGAACCGGGACGAUCUGCACUGUCCGGAAACGCAGAUCUACUGUCACUUCAAGAAUCCCGUCCUGUUCCAGAAGGACAUGGACAUCGAGCAUGUGGACAUGCAGUCAAACUUUGUGCUGAUUAUGCUGAUCAUUAUAACGAUGUACAUUAGCACCGUGUUUGUGCUGUGGUAUAAGCUUAACAAGCGACGAGCCAAAAAAAAGAAAGGAAAAAUGGACGAAGAAUCCUACGAAAUGAGCAAUCCAGCGGAUACCGUUGGAGCAACGUUUACCGGAGUGGGUAGUCGCCGAAUCGGUGCAGUGAAGCUGGAACCCUUACACAUACCUGCGGUUCCAGGUGUGGAUCAAGAAAUUGCUGCACCAUCACUGAUUGCGGCACGACUCUUCAAACCGGUCACCGUCAGCUUCAAGAACCUGUCGUACUCGGUACGCAAUGGAAUAUUUCGCAAAGGUCGGGACAUACUGAAAGAUAUCAGUGGAGAGUUCCGGGCCGGGGAGCUAACCGCCAUCAUGGGACCGUCCGGUGCGGGCAAAAGCACUCUGCUGGAUAUUUUGGCGGGCUUUACUGAGGGUGGUUUUACCGGUGAAAUUCUUGUCAACAAGCAGGUUCGAGAUUUGAAACGGUUUCGACGGCUUUCCGCCUACAUAAUGCAAGAUCAUGAUCUACAGCCACAUUUGACCGUGCUGGAGGCGAUGCAUUUUUCCGCCAAUCUCAAAAUCGGUGCCGAGCUCAGCCCAGCGAGUAAGAAAAUUCGUAUGAACGAAAUUCUCCGUGCCAUUGGAUUGUAUGAUGCGAAGAAAACGCGCACGGGAAGGUUAUCCGGAGGUCAGAAAAAGCGUCUAGCCAUUGCACUGGAAAUCGUGAACAAUCCGCCGGUAAUGUUUUUCGACGAACCGACGAGCGGAUUGGACAGCUCCACCUCGACACAGUGUGUGGCACUGUUGAAGCAGCUGGCCCGCGAAGGUCGUACGAUCAUCUGCACGAUACAUCAACCGUCUGCACUGCUGUUCAACAUGUUCGACCAUCUGUAUGCGGUGGCAGAAGGCGAAUGCAUCUACACGGGCGGCACUGGUAACAUUGUGUCGUUCCUGAAAGAGCUCGACAUCGUCUGUCCGGAACAUUACAAUCCCUCCGAUUACUUGCUGGAGAUAGCAACACACGACUACGGUCGGCUGAACGAUAAUCUAGUCGAAAAAAUGAUGAACGGUCAGAGCAAUUUCUACCGCAAUCCGGAACCAUUUUCACCUUCAUUCGAAAGCAAACUGAUGCCGAUCAAGGAAUCGUCACCGGAAGGACCGAUGGUACUGCUAGAGAUGCCACUGUUUCCAGAGAACGAAAGCAAUCAGCGGCCGGUAUCGCCCGUGCUAGCCAAACCAAAGAAGCUCGCCAAAAAGCUAUCAUUUAACCCGGAGCGAUGGUGCGGACGGGACGAGAUAUACACGACUAGCUUCUGUAGGCAGUUUUCGUUGCUGCUGCUUCGUACGUUUCUUAUACUGAGCCGGGAUCGUUCACUCAUGACGAUGCGGUUUGCCAUCCACUGUCUCAUAGCCCCACUGAUCGGUAUGCUGUACUUCGGCAUUGGCAAUCAGGCUGCACAGAUCUUCAACAACUACAACUACGUGUUCUUCUCGAUCAUGUUUCUGAUGUUUACUGCAUUCAGCUCAAUGACUAUGGCCUUUCCACUGGAGUUGCCGAUCAUCACACGGGAGCACUUCAAUCGUUGGUACUCGUUGCGGGCGUACUACAUCGCCAUGACGGUAGCUGACAUUCCGAUACAGCUGCUCUGUACCGUUACGUACAUACUCAUCACGUACUAUAUGACUGGUCAACCACCGGAAGCUUUCCGGGUCGGGCUGUUUACGCUGAUCUGUCUCAUGGUGGCUUGGGUAGCGCAAGGACUUGGUCUACUGGUCGCAUCACUAUUCGAUGUGAAGAACGGUGCAGUAUUUGGACCCUUCUUCAUCUGUCCGUUCCUGAUAUUCUCUGGGUUCUUCAUUCACCUGACGGAUGCACACCCGAUCAUGCACUGGUUGUUUCACAUCUCGUUCCUAAAGUACGCCCUGCAGGGUGCAGCGAUGGCCAUCUUCGGUUACGACCGGGCCCGCAUGGACUGUGACGAGACGUACUGCCACUUCGUGUUGCCAAAGAAGUUUCUGAAGGAGAUCGACAUGCUCGAGGCGGACUUUGUCGAGGCUGUGAUAGCGCUUAGUGUGAUAUUUUUCGUCUUUAGAGUAGCGGCCUUCUACGUGAUGCAGUACCGAAUGAAGAACAAAAUCUAACUGCACACAGUUCCAGCUAGUCAGCGAUCGGCGUAUCGCUCUCAGAUCUUAUGCUUCGCUCAACUCACAUUCCGUCGCGUUUAAAGCUGCUUCGGGGCGCACACACACAGGGCAUUUGAAAAAAAGGGAAGGAUGGAAUACAAAUUUUACGUAGUUGGUAGCACGUCACGGGAGCGUUUUGUUUUAAUCACGGUGCAAAUAUCGGCGCUUUGAGAUCAGCUUGUCGCAGUGUUAGCAUUUAAGCAAUGGAGAAGACUUGUCCUCGUACCGUUAGAUCAGGAUUCGUUAGGAGGUGCGAAUACACGAACUCAACCGUCUUACCGGCGCCACUUAUUCGCAUGAUAAGAAAGUAAUCCAAAAAAGAAUACAUAAAGCAUGGUUCGCUGUUUUGCUUCUUAGGGUGUAACUUGUACUAUAUAUUGUUGGAAGUAAUUUUGUGAUAUGUAUGUAAAUAGGGUUUGAAACGCUAGAAAAUAUAGCUCUUCUAGGAGUGGUUUUAAAAA